AUGGAUGAUGAUCCACGACAGUGGGAAAAUAUAGCUGUAAACGACAAAGAUAUCCACAAAAUUGUCCUAUCAUAUCUUGUGCAUAACUGCUUUAAAGACACAAUGGAGUCAUUUGUCUCAUCUGCUGGGAUCGAGCAGUCUGCUGACCAUCUCGAGGACAUGGAGAAAAGGAAAAGAAUUUUCCAUUCUGCACUAGACGGGGAUGCAUUGAAGGCCAUCGAAUUGACUCACGAUUUCGCUCCCGACUUGUUAGAAAACAAUAAGGAUUUACAUUUUGAUCUUUUGAGCCUUCAUUUUGCUGAACUCAUCUGCUCGAGGAAAUGCACUGAAGCUCUGGGAUUCGCCCAAAUGAAGUUGACUCCCUUUGGGAAGAUGCAGAAAUAUGUUGAAAAAAUUGAAGAUUUCAUGUCUCUGCUAGCUUAUGAGGAACCAGAAAAAUCCCCCAUGUUUCGUCUUUUAAGCUUGGAGUACAGACAGCAUGUUGCAGACAAUUUAAACAAGGCAAUUCUUGCACAUGCUAAUCUGCCGAAAUAUUCAGCAGUGGAAAGGCUAAUACAACAGGCAACAGUUGUUAGGCAAUCCUUGAAUCAAGAAUUUGGCAAGGAUGGAAAUCAACUAUUCUCUUUGAAGGAUUUCCUUGACAGAGGAUACAAUGCCAUCUACAGUUCUUUAAUACUCUUCAAAGCUCCUGGUGCUUGCAUUUCUUCUACACAUUCUUUUCCAAUUGUCGGGUUUCAACUGGUCCUUGUUUGA